AUGGCACAGGUCAUGGUGAGACUCUGGCAGGCGCUGCCAACGGGAAGCCAUCUUGACAUAGCUAUCGGACUCCACCUUCCACUCACGUUUUGGCGGGCAAUGACAUCUCUCAUCGACAGCGCGAUAGUGUAUAUCAGAAUCACCGUUACACGAAUUAUGGCUGCAAGCAAUGUUGGACUUCGCACUGUAAACGUGCCACGGACGCACCUAGCCAGUCAAUUGGAGAAAUUUGCCCUAAUGCCUCCACUUUGUCACACGCUAUGGAUGCAGUACCUUUUCUCUGGUUUGUACUCUGGCAGACGACCAGAUUCUGGUCAUUCUAUCUUCUGUACUCUUCGGAGUCCUGAAAAUGCUGGUCUUGGCCUCGAUUUACGCCCUGAUCUCAACAUUUCUUCGGCUGCCAUAUACUGGGGAACUAUCCUUGAGUUCGCUAUCAGUACCAGCAAGCUUCUCGCCCACGCAGUCAACAACAUUGACGACGCUUCCUCUUCUGUCCCUCUAAUCGGCUUAACGGAAGCUGCUCGGGCCUGUAUCUUGACUGCGACAUUCACUGUCAACGUAUGCAUCGGAGAUGCAAUAGUAUGGUGGCGUGCACGCGUGCUAUACCCCGGGAACAGGAAGGUCCGGCACGUCUGCUGCGCUCUCCUUUCGAGCACAUUUGUAUUGGGAAUAGUGUCAACACGACGGUCUGUUCUCGUGCAGAAUCCGCAGCCAGGAAGGAUUCCCAUCGUGUACAACGGAGAUGUCUUUGGGACCGCAGCUAUAGCGUUGUCUCUGGCGACCAACGUCUUCUCUACUACACUCAUUGGAUACAAGGCAUGGAAACACAGACAGUUCAUGCGCGAACACUUGGGUGCACCUGGUAGCAGCACCCUAGUCACCCUCAAAAUCACUGCGCUGUUGGUUGAAUCAGGGAUGAUAUACUGUCUUGUAUGGGUUGAAUUCCUCGUGUACCAUGUUGUGGGUGAUAUGGUCCCCGGCAUUCACGGAGGGCCAUGGAACGCCGCCACAUUCUAUCAUGAAGCCUGUAUUGCCCCGAUCGUUGCAAUAUAUCCUAUGGUCAUCGUGGUACUUGUUGCUGUCAAUAAAUCCCAGCUCGAGCACGGCAUCACACGCGGCCAAAUGUCGAUCUCAACAUGGGGCGUGGCUUCUGGGCCUCACGCGCACGACAUCUCGAGUCAUCGUAUGACGCAACUCAGCGAGGGCGGCUGUCCCUUCGCUUCCCGUAUUACGCGUACGGGAGAAGAGGAAGCCCAAGCUGAGAGCAGUUUGGAUACACGCGUCCCUGGACGGUCAAGUGUAGACUCGGAUCGAAUCUCAUCACUGAAGGACCACGAGAAGCCUGGAGCAGUUGAGAUGGUCAUCCUUCCUACUGAUUUGGGACGGUUUAUGUCGCCUCGCGUCCUGAAAAUGGGGGCUGUCAACUCGUGUGGGCUGCCUUUGAGCGUCCUUGAUGGUACAGUGAGGAAAGAGCAGGAUGUCGGGUUCCACUCCUUGCGUACACAUUGCAGAUGCGGGAGCAACCCUAACACCGAAACUGGGGCAAAAGCUAGGCGUUCUCGAAUCCUUCCGCUUCUGACCCAAAGGCUCCAUUUGCUUGCUGAGCCUUCUAUAAAUGUUACCGGACAUGAAGAGUACUUCCCAUCGCUCCAGUAUAAUGCGCGCAGAAUGGGACUUGGAAUGACGUGGAUGCAUUAUGGCGUAUGA